UGUGUGUGUGUGUGUUUGAGGAGGGUGUGUGCUGGAGCACAGAGGGACGAGGUCAGAGAGCGAGAGGCACAGAGGAGGAGAUGCUGCACCUGUGCACGAUCACCUGAGGAGAAGCACAAUAAAAACCCAAACACAAAGAGAGGAGCACAAAGAGACGGUAAACAUGGAGCUGCAGUCUCACGUCUGAGAGAACCUGCUCCAGCCGGCUCGUUGUCAACAAGGUCCGUCCUCCAGUCUGUGUCUGAGCCAUGGCCGAGUCCAGCUGGUGGAAGCUGACCUUCUCCCGCAAGAAGAAGUCCGAGUCCAAGGUCCUGUACGAGAUCCCGGCCGAGUACGGCAGCAACACCGGGAACAAGGAGCACUCGGGCGGCAGCCCCCCCGCCGACCACAUGGACAGCCAGUUCAACGCCCGGCUGGAGAAGAUCGUGGACAAAUCUGCCACCAAGGGCCGGCACGUCAAGGUGUCCCACUCCGGCCGCUUCAAGGAGAAGAAGAAGGUCCGCGCCACGCUGGCCGAGAACCCCACUCUGUUCUCCGAGCACAGCCUGAGCGACGAGAACCACAAGAAGAAGACCGACAAAUAAGUGCACGCGCGACCACAAGGCCCAAACUGGAUCCCGACGUGUCACAUGUCCGUGGGACACUUUGGGACGAAGGCUCCCACAUGUAAACACAACCAGGAGGUGGACAAACACUGGUUACCAGGCACCACACCCUGGUCGAUACUGUAACCAAUGGACUCACACCUAAACAAACAAGUGGUAUCAGCAGGCGGCCAUUAAACAUUCACAGAGCA